GGAAUGGGGAGAGGCGGCCGCUGCGCGAAGAGGAGCGUAAGCACGUCUGCGGUCAGCUGCUCGUCAGCCACAUUUUCCGUAUUUAUUUUCUGUGAUCUGUAUCGUCCUCCACCAAAGUAAAGAAGAAGAGGAAGGAAAGGAAGAUGGGUGCUUGUAUGGCAUUAUGUUCUCUGGCCAGCUGCGCCUCCUGUCUGUGCGGCUCGGCCCCCUGUCUGCUGUGUGGCUGCUGCCCCUUCAGUAACAACUCCACGGUGACCAGGCUGAUCUUUUCCUUCUUCCUGCUCCUUGGUACCCUCGUGUCUGUCAUCAUGAUCCUGCCAGGCAUGGAGGACCAGCUCCGAAAGAUUCCGGGCUUCUGCAAAGGUGGCAGCUCUAUACCAGGUUUAGAGAAUCAGGUGAACUGUGACGUCCUCGUCGGUUAUAAGUCCGUCUACCGCAUGUGCUUCGCCAUGGCCUGCUUCUUCUUCUUUUUCGCUAUCAUCAUGGUGCGUGUGCGCAGCAGCAAGGACCCCCGUGCCGCCCUGCAGAACGGGUUCUGGUUCUUCAAGUUCCUGAUCCUGGUUGGUAUAACAGUGGGCGCUUUCUUCAUUCCGGACGGCACCUUCAACACAGUGUGGUUCUACUUUGGUGUGGUGGGCUCCUUUAUCUUCAUCGUCAUCCAGCUCAUCCUCCUCAUUGACUUUGCCUACAACUGGAACAAGGCCUGGCUUGAGAAUGCCGAGGAGGGGAACAGAAAGUGCUGGUUUGCAGGCCUGCUGUCCUUCACUAUUCUGCACUACGCCCUGGCCUUCACCGCUGUGGUGCUUUUCUACGUAUACUACACACAGCCCAGUGGUUGCACCGAGCACAAGGUCUUCAUUAGCCUCAACCUCAUCUUCUGCAUCAUUGUUUCCAUCGUGGCAAUCCUGCCCCCAGUGCAGGAAGCCCAGCCAGAGUCUGGCCUGCUGCAGGCAUCCCUCAUCAGCCUCUAUACCAUGUAUGUCACCUGGUCCUCCAUGACCAACAACCCCGACCGCAGUUGUAACCCCAGCCUUCUGAGCCUGGUGUCCAACAGCACCAGUGUCCCCAGCCCCACUGCCACCCCAGGGCAGGUGCAGUGGUGGGAUGCGCAGGGCAUUGUAGGACUGGUCAUCUUUUUUUUCUGCACCCUCUAUGCAAGCAUCAGGUCCUCUAGCAACACUCAGGUAAACAGGCUGAUGCAGACCGGGGAGGGAGGCGAGUCCUCAGAGGGAGGGGCUGAGGAGGGCGGCUUCAGGAGGGCCGUGGACAAUGAGGAAGAAAGCGUCACCUACAGCUACUCCUUCUUCCACUUCUGCCUCUUCCUGGCCUCUCUCUACAUCAUGAUGACCCUCACAAGCUGGUACCAGCCCGAAACCACCACCCAGGCCAUGCUGAGCACCAUGCCUGCGGUCUGGGUGAAGAUUGCCUCCAGCUGGCUGGGCCUUGCACUCUACCUGUGGACCUUAGUGGCCCCUCUCAUUCUGCCCAACAGGGACUUCAGUUAAGUCCCUUUUCCUGAAGAGUAAAGCCAUGGCGCUUAGGACUGUGUGUGUCUCCCAGAGUAACCGUUGAGCUAUUUUUUGCACUUGUUCAUCUGUUUAUUUUCUCAUUGGUCAAUAAAGCCAGUGUUUCAACCAAUAGGAAAGGUGGCCAAUUGUAGCCUAAUUUCCAAGGAAUCCCCCAGCCCUUUUCACAUUUUAUUAUACCCAGAAGUGUCUUUUUAUAAUGAUUUGUGUAUGUUUGUAUAGUUUUAUGAUUUUGCUUUUAUUACUCGUAUUGCUUGUCUGCUAAAACUUUCAAGUCAAGGAAAAUUGAUAAACACAUGGUCUCAGCCUUUGAAAUAACAGCCAGUUGUGGCAAACAAUGGCUGCAAUCAGCACAGUCUACCUGUUUGAUAACUCUGCACUCAGCCUGCCUUUGUAUCUGCUUCCGCUCCUCAUAAGCAUGUGAAAGUAGCGCGUUUGUGUUUGGCAUGUCUCUCCACUAAAGAGCCGCAGGUGGCAGUGUGUGCCCACACGCCUGUGUGCUUUUAGGUGUUUUUCUUCCUACAGGCCAUUGCUGGCCCCCCAAGCAGCCCCCUAAGCAGCAAUGUGAGGGGGAGAUAAGACCCGUGUGCAGCUUUACCCCUCUAGUAUGACACACCUCCUCUCCCCCUUCCCCCCCCCACCCCCCUGCUGCCACGGCGACAACAGGGCCCUGGCAGCAAAGGGCUCGCUGUGUGAUCCCUCCUGUGCCUUCAUCCUGGCUGGCGAUGGCGAGGAUGUGCUAUGCAGGGCAGUGGGCAGGAAAGGAGGGGCACCUCUGUGUCAGCACCACCUUCCAGGUGACGCAGGACCAUCUCUGUUGCAAAGCUAAUGAGCGUGCAGCAGCUAUCGAGCAGUGAUAUCCAGUGCUAGCCAUGGCAGUGCUGUCUUCUACAUGUUAUGCUGAGUGCAUCAAAACUGAUUAUUAUGACUUGUAAGAGUCUUUCAGAUUACAUAAUUUCCUGCAGGAUCUUUCAUUUUUAUGUGCUAGAUUUUAAACUGAAUUUAUGCCUGUUGCUGUAUGGCUCCACCUUUAUAUUUUAACUAGUUCAUGGUAAUGUAGGUUGUGUGCUAUACAGUAGGUGAAUCAUGAUGGAUCCUGUAUGUGUAUUAGAGCACUAAGCUUUGGGGUGGGAGUGAUGUGUGGUCCAGCUUGUAUAGUGUGCUAACUAUAAUACUGUAUGAUCUCUGUAAUCCAAUGCAUGGAGAACCUGCUGUUUAUUCAGUAAUAUAGGUACUGAACUCAGUCUUGACAAAGUUCUGAGGAUGAAUAGUGUUUGAUUUACAUUUUUACUGAGGAUAUGAAAAGCUCUUACAUACGAACUAGAAUGAACAGCAUGUUAAUAUGACGUUAAUGAAAGCCUGGUUUUUACAGUUAGUCAACCAUUAUUAAAAGGUGCCACAAACCGUCACUGAGUGUUCCCCAAGUGCCUUUUUGGUCCUAAAAAUUCAGACUGUUUCUGUUUAUGGUCUGACCCAGUGCCUUCUGCAUUUUCAAACAUCCUGACAGUACUAUGAUCUUCAAUGAAUGUCUGUGUAUUUAUUUAAAAUUUUGUAAUGUUCCAGGUUGUACUGUACCAGGACGUACUCGGCAGUUUCCAAUGUCUCAAUAAGCAAUAUGUAUUCUCAAUUUGUCCACAAGGUGGAACCAGUAUUCUUCCAGUGGGUGCUCGUAUUUUCAACUUCAUUAAUCAUGAGUGGUGAAUGUCACUAAGUUACAAUAAAGAUCAUCAAACAAA